CUCGCAUCGCAAAUUGAGAGGCUGCCACUCUUUGGAAAUGAUAAACCGAGGCUCUACCUCUUGGCAAUGAAUCCCCGCAAACCUCCGCAUGUCCCCAGAUAUCCCUCCACGACCAAGCGGCAGCGAGUCAUCCGCAAUGUUACCGAAGCGCAUCAACAAAAGUUAUAUCCUUGGGCCAAUUUUGCUCUUCUCGUAUUAUCGGUAUCCCAGUCACUGAGGAGGAAGCACUGUCCGGUUCUUUCUCUUCACUGCUUUUACAGUACCACCAUCUAAUCUCCCUCACAUUUUUAAUGAAACAGAAGGAGCAGACAGAGCAGUUUCAAUUGAACACUACAUCUAUCUCCCUCACAUGGCCGAAACGAUGAACUUCUCCGUACCCCCGGAGCUGCAAAAAUUCCUGGACGACCUCGACGCCUUCAUCGACGCCAAGAUCACUCCCCUCCAAAUGAAAGACGACAACAACCGCUUCUUCGACUACCGGCGCGAGAACUCGCGCACAGACUGGGAAAACGGCGGUCUCCCCCGCCCGGAGUGGGAAGCUCUCCUCACCGAGUCGAGGAAACUUGCCGACGAAGCUGGCUUCUACAGGUUGUCUCUACCUAAGCAGUUUGGAGGACGGAGUAGUGAGGAUGGCCGCGGAAUGAAUCUCUGGAUGGCGGUUAUUCGGGAACACCUUGCUUCCAAGGGAUUGGGUCUUUUUAAUGAUUUGCAGAAUGAGCACAGCAUGGUAGGAAAUUUCCCCGAUGUGGUUAUGCUGCAACAUUUUGGGAACGAGGAGCAGAAAAAGGAGUUGAUUGAGGGUAGGUUGGCGGGAAGGACGAGGAUUACCUUUGGAUUGACGGAGCCGGGUCAUGGAUCGGAUGCUACGCAUAUGGAGACUAGGAGCGUGCCUGAGACUAGGAAUGGGGUGAGGGGUUGGCUGCUCAACGGCGCGAAGAGGUGGCAGACUGGUAUGCAUCAUGCCACCCACUGCUUCAUUUUCGCCAGGACAGCUGGAAAGGACGGUGAUGCCAAGGGUAUCUCGUGCUUUAUUGUCCCAAGGAACACACCUGGUCUCGAAGCUGUAUCAUACGAAUGGACCCUUAACAUGCCGACAGACCACGCGACUGUCUCCAUCAAAAACGUCUGGGUCCCCGACUCCGCCGUCCUAGGCCCCAUCCACAACGGCCUCGGCGUCGCCCAAGCCUUCGUCCAUGAAAACCGCAUCCGUCAAGCCGCCUCCUCUCUCGGCGCCGCCGUCUACUGCGUGCAGGAAUCCGUCAAGUACGCCAACCGCCGCGCUCCCUUUGGCCAACCACUCUCCCACAACCAAGCCAUCCAGUUCCCGCUCGUUGAGCUGCACACGCAGUGUGAGAUGCUCCGGCAAUUGAUCCGCAAGACGGCGCUGGAGAUGGACUCGAUGCCGCAUGUUGAGGUGGAGAAGAAGAUUGGGGAUAAGGUGUCCAUGUGUAAUUAUUGGGCUAAUAGGUUGUGCUGUGAGGCUGCGGAUCGCGCGAUCCAGGUGCAUGGCGGGAAUGGAUAUAGUAGGCAUUUCCCCUUCGAGCAUAUCUGGAGACAUCAUCGUAGGUAUAGGAUUACGGAGGGGAGCGAGGAGAUCCAGAUGAGGAAGGUUGCGGCGUAUUUGUUUGGGUUCGGAGGCAGGAAGGUGUUAAACGAUGCGACCAAGGAAGCGAAGCUGUAGAUCCGGAUUUACGGUUGAGUAAAUGUGUAAAAUGCCUAU